AUGUUAAUAUUGCAAAAUAUGAAUAAAUGUCCAUCAAUAUAUCAAGACACAUUUUCGAAUCCGUAUACAAUCGAGCAAAUUAUCUUAAUUAUCUAUUCGUUAAUAUUUACGAUUGGCUUCGUUGGUAAUAUAAUGACAAUUUUUAUUAUUGCGUUCAAUCGACAUUUACAUACGCCGACGAAUUACUAUCUUCUCAAUUUGGCUGUUUCUGAUUUAAUGAUGCUACUGUGCAAUUUACCGUUGGAAAUGCUCGAAAUUUACAAUCGCGAAUGGCCACUAUCAAGCGUGUUUUGUAAAUUGAGAAAUAUAUGUGCGGAAUUUUUUACAUGCUCAUCGAUAUUAACAAUCUUAGCAUUUACAUGCGAACGUUAUUUUGCUAUUGUACAUCCUAUACAUCUACAUCGAUUAAGUCAUUUUCGUCGAGCACAAAAUAUUAUUAUGAUUAUUUGGUUAAUAUCAAUUGGAUUUAGUCUUCCGCUUGGUUUAUCCUAUGAAAUUGAAAAUAAUUCAUUAUCGAUACUAAAUAAUUUAUCAACUAUUGUAUUUAUAAGUAAUGAUACAAAAUUAAUUCAAUCGAAUCAAAUAGAAAAGCAUCUACCCUACAGUUGUAGAUCAUGUGUACCGACAAAAAGUCUUACAAAAAUUCUAUCGACAAUUAUUAUAAUCACAUCAUUUUGUUUUUUCUAUCUUCCGAUGGCUAUCAUUGCAGCUGUUUAUUUAUUUAUUGGUAAAGCAUUAAGUCGUGUUAAUAAAUAUGAAGUUUAUUCACAUCAAACAGAACUAAGCACAUCAUCAGUGUCGAACAAUGGUGGCAACGUGAGAAAAUCCACGGAAAAUAAUUCUUCGAAUUCAGGCGUAUCGAACAAAGAAGUACCUGAUAGACAACAUCAUAGUCCACAUAUUAAUUCAUAUUCGUGGCUAAAAAUGCGUGCACGUUGUCAAGCACGGAAAGUCGUUGUUAAAACUCUUGUGGCUGUUGUUAUUGCAUUUUUUGUUUGUUAUGCUCCAUUAUAUUUGCAGCGUCUAUUUUUGGCUAUUAUAAGAUUAAACUCGAAUUUUAAUCUUGAAUCAUCUUUAUUUUCAAAUUUUAUGGCUGAUUUAUAUGUUAUAUCAGGUAUAACAUUUUAUUUCGGUUCCGUUAUUAAUCCAAUUCUUUAUAAUGUUAUUUCGAAUAAAUAUCGGCGUGCAUUCUGGAAUCUAUUUCAUUGUCGUUUGAGAUAUGGAAGAAAAUCAAAUGAUCAAAAAUCAUUUCAACUCAAUCGUUCACACAACAAACCAAGCACGUUCUGCAUUCACCACUAUAACUUAAAGCAAAAAAGAUCUAGCUCAUGCAUGUCUAAUAAAUUAUAA